GAUUUUCUGCAGUUGUCUUUUCCGAACGACUUCCAACGACUUUCUUUUUAAAUCGUUUUCCCGCGAACAUGUUGGAAUUUGGAUUUUCUUGAAGCUCAAAUGCCCUCUUUAUGGGAUAAGAGACCAACAAUACAGCAUUUAGAGAAGACCCCGGAAUCGAAAAUGGCCUCUGGUAAUGAGACUGCCCCUCCUUUGAAUGAGGUGGAACGGCAAAAUGCAAAUGAUGACCUUGAGCAUGGCUUAGCAUAUCAGGCAGCAAAAGUGGGAUUUUUCAGAGUAUUUUCCUUGGCAAAGCCUGAAGCUGGGAAGCUAAUUGUUGCCACCAUCGCGCUUUUGGUAGCAUCUACAUCAAUUGUUAUGCUGCCAAAAUAUGGUGGAAUGGUAAUAGACAUUGUAUCAAGAGAUAUAAGGACUCCUGAACAACAAUCUGAAGCCUUGACUGCUGUCAAGAAUGCUGCACUAGCUGUUGUGCUGAUGGUUGUAUUAGGUUCUCUGUGUGUAGCAGUUCGGGAAUGGUUGUUUGCUUCUGUUAGCGAAAGGAUUGUAGCUCAUUUGAGAAAGGACUUAUUCAGUCACCUCAUUAAUCAGGACAUUGCCUUCUUUGAUGUUACUCCAACGGGCGAACUCCUAAGUAGACUAUCUGAAGACUCCCAGAUCAUAAAGAAUGUGGCAACUUCCAAUCUCUCUUCAGCUCUUACAAGCAUAACAAUUGUAUUUAUUGGUCUUGGCUUCAUGUUCUCAUCAUCAUGGAAGUUAACAUUGUUGGUAUUGGCAUUAGUGCCAGUUGUUUCAGUCGCUGCUCAUGUAUUUGGCCGCUAUCUUCGUGAACUUUCACAUAAAACUCAAGCUGCAGCUGCAGUAGCUUGCUCAAUGGCUGAGGAAUCUUUUGGGGCCAUUCAGACAGUGAGAUCUUUUGCACAAGAAGGUUAUGCAAUUUCAAGUUACUCAGAAAAAGUUCAUGAGACCCUCAAGCUUGCACUGAGACAAUCUAAAUUAGUUGCUCUAUUUUAUGGAGGAAUAAAUGCGGUAUUCACAUUGUCUAUUGUCAUAGUGGUGGUUUAUGGAGCUAGCUUAACAAUAGCACGCUCAAUGACUGCAGGCUCACUUGCAUCCUUUAUUCUGUAUAGCCUCACAGUUGGAAUCUCGAUGCUCUCACUAUUUGGACUAUAUACAACUGCAAUGAAAGCUGCAGGCGCAAGUAGGAGAGUUUUUCAGCUGCUAGAUCGUGUCUCACCAAUGCCGAUAUCAGGGCAUAAGUGCCCCUUAGGGAAUCCAGAUGGAGAUGUGGAAUUAGAUGAUAUUUGGUUUGCAUAUCCUUCUCGGCCCAGUCAUAUGAUACUCAAGGGAAUAUCUUUGAAACUGAGGCCCGGUUCAAAAGUUGCCCUUGUUGGUCCAAGUGGUGGUGGAAAAACGACAAUUGCUAGCCUAAUUGAGAGGUUUUACGACCCUCUCAAGGGAAAGAUUUUGCUAAAUGGGGUUCCUCUAGUGGAAAUAUCACACAAGUAUCUACACAAAAAGAUAAGUAUAGUGAGCCAGGAGCCUGUCCUUUUCAAUUGUUCUGUGGAAGAGAACAUUGCCUAUGGGUUUGACGGCAAAGCAAGCAGUUCAGAAAUAGAAAAUGCAGCUAAAAUGGCUAAUGCCCAUGAUUUCAUAGCAAAUUUUCCUGAAAAAUAUCGAACUGUUGUUGGAGAACGUGGGUUGAGACUCUCAGGAGGCCAGAAACAAAGGAUUGCAAUUGCGAGGGCACUCCUGAUGGACCCAAGAGUUUUGCUAUUAGACGAAGCCACAAGUGCUCUGGAUGCCGAGAGCGAAUACCUUGUUCAGGAUGCAAUGGAGUCUCUGAUGAGGGGCAGAACAGUUCUGGUAAUAGCACACAGGCUUUCCACUGUAAAAACUGCAGACAUUGUUGCUGUAAUAUGUGAUGGUCGAAUAGCACAAAGUGGCAGCCAUGAGGAGCUUCUCAGCAAGAAUGGUAUUUACACUGGCCUCGUCAAAAGGCAACUCCAAGGACCUUCAACUCCCCACUAGUUAUAUUAAGUGGACUGAAAUCUUCAUUUGCAUGUAAUGACUCCUACUUGAAUGAUUAAUAAUGUGAGACAUGUUCCAAACCUUUGCAAA